AUGCUGCUCACAAGCGGGCAGAUAUCGGCGGGCAUAUCGUCAUUCGUUGUAUUUCUCUUCACUUCUCUUCUCUUCCUAUCCGGCUACGUUCUCCAACAACGGACGGUCCACAGCCUGCAACAAGCAAUCAAGCCGGUGCAAGCACAAGCUCAGCAUAAUGCACAAUCCGUACAAAUCGCGACUUCAGUACCAAAAACAUUUGGCAAUGCUCCUGCUGCUUCAGAGAAUGAAGCGCAUCAGUCCACUUUAUCCUCCAAGGAAGACGACAUUGCCGCAGAGAAAUGGUCACAAGUCGCGUAUGUGCAGCUCGUGGCCGAUCCUACAAAACUAUGCGCAAGCGUGAUGCUUUUCGGCACACUGCAUGACCUGAAAAGCCCGGCCCACCGUGUAUUAAUGUUUCCAAAAACCUGGGCUAUCACGCAAUCGGGAGAGGUGUCGGAUCCGUAUCUAUCUACCAGUCGGCGGCUAUUGAAGAUUGCUGCAAAGAGAUACGGUGUUAUACUGAAGCCACUUGACCCGUUGCUUUCCGGAACAGAUGAAUCUGCGCCGUCAUCCUACCCGCUCUCUCUAUUGUAUUCCCUUACAGAAUACACUCGUCUCAUACAUCUAUCCUCCUCGAGCAUCAUUCUCGACUCUUCCCCUCUCGAUAAUAUCCUCACAUUUCCUUCCUCCCAAAUUGAUGCUGAAACAAUUUCACUUGACGCACUUACUGCAUCCGCGUCGUCAAGCCUCUUUCUAAUCUCGCCAUCCCAAGAAAAUCAUCAAUCCCUCGCUUUCCUACAACAGCCGCAAGUCUCGAAAGCUGCUGCAACAACAAUACUCGAGACUGCCAAGUUUCCUAUCAACAUUCCGCCAGCGCAUGCUAUCAAUCCUGACGGCUCCCAUGUAACCCUUUCCACCAUGUCUUCUUCAUUGCGCAACAUCAGAGAGGAUACGUUCUUCAACUCCACCGCCUUCUGGACCGAAACAGCAUUCGUCCACCUCUGGGACCCGCCGCUUCGUGGGCCAGAGUAUGAAGUGCCACGAGAAAUGAAGCAAUCAGCUCGUCCGAGAAACCAAGAUGCCGCUAAGAUCUGGGAUAUGCUUUACGACACAUAUAAAGGAAGACGAUACGAUCACUGCGGAUUAGAACUGGAUAUAUGGAGAGGGGACUAGUACCGAUCGAAGGAGCAGGAACUCAACGCGAUCUACCAUCUUACCUAUUUUCUAAUGAUGUUUUUAUUUCCGCUCAAUUCGCUGUCGUGCGUUCAAGCUGGCUUGCAACGUACAGUGGCAUGACUGGACAUAUGGGUUUAUCAAGCUUGUGUAUUUUUCCAAUGGCAUGAUUUUAAGAAGUGUCGGUCAGCUUUAUUGUUUAUGGGUCACAUUCUCAGUCAAUAUGUCACGAGAGAGGAGCAUACGUUUUGUCAUGAGAGUUAAAGGAUUAUUGAGCUUAUAGCAUUCUAUGACAGAGAAAGAUAAUACAUGCUCACAUUUUGCAAUCAGACGGGUAAAGAAUUAUCGCUGAGUGCCUUAAAUGUAGUAGCAGGC